AUGGCCGACUUCGAAAGUGUCGCAAAGCAAUUCACCGAAUUCUACUACAACCAGUUCGAUGCGGACAGAAAGCAGCUGGCUCCUCUUUACCGUGACAGCUCCAUGCUAACUUUUGAGUCCGCUUCCGUCCUUGGAGCCGGUGCUAUCGUAGAAAAACUUGGAUCUCUUCCUUUCGAGAAGGUCAAGCACCAAGUCUCAACUCUCGAUGCGCAACCAUCCGGACAACACGGUGGAAUUUUGAUUUUGAUUACAGGAGCCUUGUUGGUCGAUGAGGAGCAAAGACCCAUGAACUACAGCCAAGCUUUCCAACUUAUGCCAGAUGGAGCUGGAAGCUAUUUCAUUUUCAACGAUGUCUUCAAGUUGGUAUUCGGAUAA